AUGACAAGCUCAAUAAAAGAAAGCAGUGCCUGCUCUCCUGAUUCAGCAGUAUCUUCUCUUUUAACAAGCUAUAGCAUUGACAGCAAUAAUCCAUACUCAAACAGUUUGAUUUGCUACAAGGACAAGCUUUACAGCUCUGCAUCUGAGGCUUUGGAAGCUUAUAUUGAAGAUUUCAAUUUAAGUCUCACAUCUUCAGAAAUAAGCACUGGAAAAAUUUGCAUAUGUCACAGCACUCCCAAAAAAGUUAAGUUUUCAAAUCAUCAUGCCAAAGAAAAACAUGGUAUGUCUCUGCAAAGAUGUUUAAUAAGUUUUGCAUUGGAUGGUUUUAAUCAGCACGUAGGAUUGGGUUCUCUUGCUUCACCCUCUACAAGGCAGAGUGAGUGUGACCCAGACUUGAUUAGCCUUGCGACGGAUGAUCUGUUAGGAUUUCCAGCAGAUGGAUCACUGCCCUUUGUCCAGCAUAGUCCUUUUAAAUCAAGGCAUCAUAGUAGUGAGUGGAACAGACAGUCUCUUAAAACAUCUUUCUGCCCUUACCAAACCUCAUUACUUGAUACUGAAAGCAGUUUCAGUCUCCAGGAGAAUGGGAAAGCUGUUGCUCACCAGAAUCCACACAAAGACUUCAGCAAAAAGAAAUGCAAUGUGCAUACACCCGAUAGGUAUGAUUCUGUCUCCUCUAAGGAAAGUUCAAGAUCCUUGUCUUUCGAAGAGAAGUCUAACGCUUUUCCUUUUAAGAAUUAUCCAAGGUGGCUUACCAGUCAGAAGUCUGACCUAAGUGUAUCGGGGAUAAGUAGCAUUCCCAAUUAUGACUACCCAGUCUGGCUUAAGAGUUACAACCUUUUUUCUGAUUCAGCUAAAGAAAGCGAUGGUCAAAAUUUUAAUGGACAAGGCAAAGCUUCCUCUUCACAAGCUUUUGAGAUCCUGAAAAAAAGAUAUUCUGAAGAUAAAGACAGUUCUCAUGUUUUUGAACAAAAUGGUUGCCUGGAUCUGAGAGGUGAUAACAAAGUAGAAGAAAGUUGCAGCUAUGAUAGUCCAGAUGCAUGCUUCCCAUUUGAUAACUCAGUUUUGAGACAGGCUAAAAAGCCAUUCAGAGAAGACCAGCUUGAGCUACUUACCUUCAAGGCUGACAGAGGUCUAGAGAGGUCAACUGAAGAUUUGCCAAAUACUCUGGAAAAUGAUGGCAGUCCUUCUACUACAGAUAUACUAGGAGCAGUAUAUUCAUGGGAAAAUGCUCGAGGUGCUUUCAAACCACCAGUGCCUGUGUGCUGUGAGGACAUGGAAAGUGCUCUACCAUUCCCCAAGGCAGAUAGCAUACAAAAAUUCUUGGAAGACUGCUUAAAUGACAAAAAUAAGGAAAGUGCUUUUUCUGGAGGUGAUCAUCACAGGCCCCUUGAAGCUUUGAAGCUAAUGUUGUUUAAACUUCAUGCAAUUCAGGGAAGUUUAAGCCAGAAUGAAACUGCUGAGCAAAAGGAAGAGUUUGAAAAGCUUUCUGAAAAAGCAGAAGCUGAAUUAAAACUGCGUGACACUAAGAUAAUCCCUCUUACUAAUUCUAUUCGGAAGGCUUUACACUAUUUGUCACAUCUUGAAAGUCUUGUUGAAGAUAACAGUAACCAACAAAAGCAAAGCGAUGAUCAUGAAGAUAAAGAAGAAAAAAAUAAUAAUCUGUGA